AUGUCACAAUACUAUAAUCCGACCUACGUGCCUUGGCCCCGCGGCCCGACUCCUACACCACAGCUCCCGCCCAACUGGGUAAACGCCCGCGGAGAACAACCCGUCCCCGGAUUUGGAAGCGACGUGCCCGAAUGGCAGCGACACAAAAGUGUCACCCCUCCUCCCUCCGGCGACGAACAAGACGAAGACGUGAUCGAUGUCGACGAGUUAGACCCAGCCGAUGCCCUUCCCAUCCCCGGUCUGGGCGAAGAACUGCAGGUACUCCCCGAUGUCGAAGAAUGGGAGGACUACAGGUGGACGGUCCUUCAGGACUAUAGUGCGGGGAUCAUGUCUGUUCCCCCUUCCUCCAUGACAUUUGCUGCCUACGGGUCCGUCUUGGAUAGAUUCGAGCGCCCGCAGGCCCCUCAGCCCGGGAGUUCGAGCGCGCCCGUUUUCGUUUCGCCCACUGAGCCGCCUAGGAAAAAAGCUCUAACUACGGAGUCUCCCACAAAGCCCACGACGUCGUCCCAGAAGAAGAAGGCGACGAGACCUCCUGCGUCUGCAUCUGCUCCCCCCGUCGCGGGCCCUUCCUCGCUAUACAAAAAGGCGUACGCUCGCCCGGCGGGUACUCGUUCGAGCAGCCGCUUGGCCCAGAAGGCGGAGGACUGA